CCUUAAGAAUUAAAAUUAAGAAAAGAUCAAAGUAUAAUGUGUUCUAACGCUACAGUUUAUGCUGUAAUCAUGUGCAUACAACGCUUCUUGCAUAUAAUACAUGAGUGGUGAAGGAUACUUUUUCCCCAUUAAAGAAUGCAUUUCUAAAAAAACAAGAUUUUCGAAAAGAUAAUUAAUUGUGUAGGUUUAAGUACAGAAUAAUUCGAGCUUAUGCCGUCAUAGGUGACGUAUCGUCAACAAAGAGGAAAAAUGCUCGAAAUUGAUAAAAUCUUAGAGAAAUGCGGCGAUUGCAACCGUUUGCAGAUUAUCAUGUUGUUAUUGUUUUCCAUUAUAAACAUACUCUCUUCUACUCACUACUACUCACAAACGAUUAUUAGCUUUGUACCGAAAUACCGGUGCGUAGAAAGUAACCGAAAUUAUUCGCAAGCAAACAACGAUCCGGUAGCUCCUUCAUCUUGUCUACCUUCAAAUAAUGCAUCUGCUACUCAUUGCGAUUAUUAUGAAUACGAUCUGUAUAUGGGUUACCAGAGUUUAACCAGUGAAUUGGACUGGAUUUGCGAUAAUGCCUGGAAAGUAACAUUAGGACAAAGCAUGUUUUUCAUUGGCUCAGUCGUGGGUACAUUGAUAUUCGGCUUGUUAGCCGAUGUUCUAGGACGGCUUCCCAUACUCAUUUUGGCCAAUAUUAUCGCUAUGUUGGGUAAUAUUUUAACUAUAUUUGGGACGUCUGUAGUACGAUUUAGUAUUUUUCGUUUCAUAUCCGGCUUGGCCACAGACAGUAAUUUCGUGAUGAUGUAUAUUUUGGUUAUGGAAUACCUGCGUCCGUCCUUACGCACUAUAGGUCUUAGUCUUUGCAUUGGUUUCUUUUAUUGUUUGGGAUCGAUGAUGGCGCCCUGGGUAGCGGUUGUGAUGCAAACAUGGCGCGGUUUCCUACUGGCUACAUCUAUACCUCUCAUUGUAGUGCCGCUGUUCUACUUCAUAGUACCGGAAAGCGUGCAAUGGUUGAUAUCGAAACAGAAAUAUGACAAAGCGACAGCAAGUCUCAGGCAAGUGGCUAAAAUUAAUGGUCGUGCUUUAGAUGAGUCAGUGUAUACAGAAUUUAUAAACGAUUGCAAACGCAAACAGUUGUAUGUUAAGGUGGGACCAAAUCUAUUGGGGUUAUUUGCAACACCGCGCCUUAGGCGCAAUACGUUGAUAUUGUUUUUUAAAUCAAUGGUAAUUACUUUAUGCUACGACGCUGUUUCACGUAAUGUUCAAGGCCUUGGUAUUUCACCAUUUGUUAUGUUUACGUUAAGUGCUACCACUAUUUUGCCAGCUUGUUUACUUUUAAUUGCUUUACAAGAUCGUAUCGGCCGCAAAGCCAUGGCAUCCAUGUCAUUGUUGCUUAGCGGCAUAUUCAUUUCAUGCACGGGAGUCAUAUUAUUUCAAAGCGACAGUGAGAAAAAUGUUACGUUGAUAGUGACAUUAUCAAUAAUUGGACGGUUCGGCGUUACGGUCGCCUACAAUUCGGGAGCUCAAUACGCUACUGAACUAAUACCUACAUGUGUGAGAGGCCAGGGAGUGGCCGUCGUCCAUGUAGUCGGAUAUGCUUUCACAUUCUUCAGCACGUACAUUUUGUACAUGCGACAUUAUUUCUUUCCUUUGCCAGAAAUAAUUUUAGGUUUCAUCUCAUUACUGGGCGCAGCACUAUGUCUCUUAUUACCAGAAACUCUGCAUCGCACUUUGCCAAAUUCUUUGGAGGAUGGUGAAAAUUUCGGCAAAAACGAUCGCUGGUAUACAUUUAGCUUUAUGGAAAAGCGUACACAAUCCGUAGACACUUUGUCUUCGUCGACAAUUCCUAACCAGCAGCCGGAUAAUUCGUAAAGUUUUCAUUCCUUCCGUUUAUGUUUAUUCGAAUUCAACUUUUAAUUUAAAUUAGCUAUAAUUUUAACAACUUUCUGCUUUUUUAAUAGAGAAAAUGUAGAAGACUUUAUUUUUUUGAUAUGAAUCUCCAAAGCAAAGACAUGACUAAACACUGACCAAAAAUAUGUAUACGUAUUUGUAUAAUAUAAUAUUAAUGAUCUCUGGAGGAAUGUGGUGAUUAAUGAGGAGAUACUCUUUGCCUUGUACCCAUAAUUGAUUAGCCUGUAAUUUGUUGAGCGAAAAAAUUAAUUCAUUAGACAUAAUUCAAAUAACUGACUUGAAAAGAUGAAGGCAAGAAAAAGUCAACACCAACGUUCCCCACUGUUAA